AUGAACCAUGAGGUCAUUUUGAGGUUGACUCAAAAGUCAGGGUCGCCUCAGUCAGUUAAGAUCGUACGCUCUCUCUUGACAGACAUGAGAACCACGUUGUUAUUAGCUAGUAUAUUGUUGCUGUGUGUGUUGGUAUGUUCCUCGUCGAUUGAUCCAAAACGUAUUCUCAUCAACCGACCUCGAGAACACGAUGUCUUCAAAAGAUCAGCUCAAGUUAAAGGAGGCAAACCCGGGGUCAAAGGUUACGACCCUCCAAUGCCGUCUCUCAGGAAAGGCGAGUUCAUGUGUGGGAAUCGAGUGUGCAAGUUGAAACCGGGUCAAAUACCGCCCGGGUGUAAUGGUGUUUGUCAAUAUCGAGUUAAUUAA